AUGAAUAGACUUGAGGAAGCUUUGCAAUUUAUGAUUUAGCAAUUACUAAAAUCCAGAAUUUGCAGAUAAUUACGUUUAUAAAGGUAAAUUUUCAUCACAUUUUGUAGCAAAUACUCUGUUGUAUUUUUGUACAUAAAAUGAUAUUCCAUAUGAAUAGAUUGGAAGAAGCUUUGUUAAACUACGAUUCAGCCACAAUUCAAAGGUAAAGUAAUAAUAUAUAUAAAUUUUAACAAGUCUAAAAUAUUUUCUGAAAAAAUAUUCAAUUUAUUAAUUUACCUUUGUGAAAACAAGAACACGAAGAUUCAGGGUUUAAAUUAAUGGCUAAAUCAAUAUUAUGCAAUUAUGAGAACCCUGAUUAGCCAGACUAAUAUUAUUGGAAAGGUAUAAAAGUAAGUCCAUAUUUUUCCAGCCACAACACUAUUCUUGUUUAAGUCAUAUAAUUAUAUAAAAAUUGAAUAGAUUUGAAAAAAAUUCUUAUAAUAUCUAGAUAAAGCAAUUCAGAUAAAUGAUGAAAAUCCCAAUUAUUAUAUUAGAUAAGGGUAAAUAUCAUAAUUAGUUUUGCAGCAAGUGUGUUAUGUAGUUUGAACAGAUAUUAAGAAGCAUUGGAACAGCAUGAUGUAUCGAUUUCAAAGAACCCUGAAAAUUUGGAGUAUAGAAACCUCAAAGGUAAAAUGAUCUAAAUUUUUCAGCGUGUACCUUAUUCAAAAUGAAAAGACUUUAAGAAGCAUUAGAGUGUUUUUAUUCAAGUAUUCAAGAAAACUCAGAUAGUACUUACCUUAAAAUUGGUAAAUAUAUAUUUGGAAAAGCUUGUAGCAACAACUUUAAAUGGAAAUGUAAAGGUUAGAUGAAUCAUUAAAAUAUUCUGAUUUAACAAUUCAAAUAUGCCCUGAAAUUCAGAUUGUUAUCAUUAUAAGGGUAAAUAGAAAAAAAUAAUUUUACAAGCAAUAACUUUAGUCAAAAUAAAAAAAUUAGACGAAGCCUUAAGUUAUUCUGAUAUAGCUAUUUAAAAAUAACCUCAAAAUUCAGUAUAUUUGCAAGGAAAAGGUCUUAAAAAUUAAAUAAAUUUUUGCAGCUUAUGUUCUAUUCAUCUUGAGUGUGCUGUUAUUGUAAAAUAAAUGUAUAAAAUUGAAGAAGCCUUGUUUUAUUUGAUUUAGCAGUUUAGAGCGACCCUGAAUAACCAUUUAUUUUUGUUCAAUCUAUAUGGCAAUAACUAUAAAAUAUAGAUCGGUUAGUUCGAUUCUAAAGUAUUUCAAGACAUCGAAUUACCAUAUAGGGUCUUAAGAUUGCUAAAUUAAAAGUAACCUCAUUAACUUUGAAAAAUACUCUCAUUUAAAUUGAAAAUAAAAAAGUAAGUCUUUAAUAAGGAAACUAGAAAGGCUCUUGUUUCGAUUAUUCUUUAUUGUUCAAAAUUUAAAAAAGGAAUCAAAUAGCUCUAAUUUAAAACAAUUAUAUACACCAAUAUUUAAAUUUUAAAAUUUGUGCAAAAUGUCAAUUCAAUAAGCAGAAUAUCGUAUAUUUUGUAAAUUUAAAGUAUAUGGAAUAUGGAUUGUAUGCUAUUCAAACAUGCUGA